AUGAUAAAUUUACUCCUCAGAGAUGGCCAAAUAUUAACAAACAAUCAUCGUCGCCCAUCUUCAAGACAAAGCUUAUUCCUAUCCGCGUAGCGAGCAAAAUUAUUGAAAAAGCCCUAUUUUUUGAGAGAAAACCGCAAAAAUUUUUAAUAUAAAAUUUAAUAUUUUAACAAGAAUAAAAUAGUAUUGAAUAAUGAAAAAGCUAAAUAGGAUUGGAUAAAAAUUUCUGCCAUUAUAUUCGAUCUAAAUCCUAAUAAUCUAUCAAAAAUAAAGCAGCCAGUAAACUGCAUCACAUGGGGGAAAAAAAAUUUGUUAUCUGCCAAUUUAAAUUUUUUACUUUUUUAAAUUUCAUUAGAAACUCCACUUUGUUUUCAUCUCACAAGUAGCAAUCAUUCAGAAGAUUAAGUUCAUCCUUAUCAAUUCAUCCGCAAUCCUUGCAUGCACUGCUUUUACCUAAAUGCCUUAGAUUUUAUCCUGGGGUCGUUAUAUUGAACUCAAAAAUUAUAUAUAAAAUUUUCUAAAAAGCCCUAUUAGAGAGUAAAAUUUUUGUCAGCUCACAAGAGGAGGUAGUGCCUCCUCCUAUGAAUAAUUUCCCAAAUUCUGAAAAUUCAAGACUUGGCGAUGAUCUUCCUUCGUUUUCUGUCGGAAUUCGAUACGUAAAAAGAAAAAUAAAAAGCGACUGCCCAAGUGAUAUUUUGACAAACUCAAAUCGUGAUGAUAAAUUUGAAGAGAAUAAUGCGGCUGAUUUUCAAAACCCAACUGUUAUAUGCUGGUCCAGAAAUAACUCAAUUUCAAUAAAUCCGCAAGAAUGCAGCAAGUCACCAACUGAAGAAAUCCGAUUGAUGCCAUUUAAAAGGCAAAAAAUAUCUUUUCUAAAAAAGCUGAGGAAUAAAAACAAGCUGUAUUUGCAUGAUGAAUACAGAUCAAAAACUCCAAGUCAUAAAAGAUCAAGGUAUAUUAAUAGUGAUGUUGAGAAUAUUAGGCUAAAAACUCCUGAAUUUUUUAAAAAAGCACUCGCUAAGAUAUCGCCAAAUACAAAGUAUCAAGAUUCAAAAUGAGUUUUGGAUGCAAAAGGUAGUAACAAGAAAAAAUCUAUUUGCAGUGCCAAGUUUAUGAGCUUGUUUUAA